AUGUCUAGCAUCGCGCUCGCGCGUGCCUACCAGCAGUCCUUUGAACACCACCCCUACGGCACCCUCGCCGUCACAAAUGGCGCCCUCAACGCCCUCGGCGACCUCGUCGCCCAGCUCACCGAAAGACAUAUCGGCCCUCGCAAAGAGGCGUGCAAGUACGACAUCCCGCGCACCCUUCGCUUCUUCGCCUUCGGAUUCGGAAUGGGCCCCCUGAUCGGCCGGUGGAACUUCUUCCUCGAGCGGAACUUUCCACUACGCCCCCUGGGCUCUGCUCUCCCUGCCGUAGCUCGCACUGGUAAUGGAAAGGGGCGGGUGAGCAUCCGUGCACUCUCAAAGCGCGUCGCGGCCGACCAGCUCAUUAUGGCACCUAUUGGGCUGUCGUUGUUCAUCGGCUCUAUGGGCAUCAUGGAGGGCCGCGACGGGCCCCACAUCCGCCGCAAGUACGCUGAUAUGCUCGUGCCUGCCUUGAUCGCCAACUGGCAGGUAUGGCCCCUCGCACAGUUUCUCAACUUUCGCUACAUGCCUCUGGCGUACCGGGUCCCGUUUCAGUCCUCCUGCGGGGUCUUCUGGACGCUCUACCUCUCCAUCCUCAAUUCGAGAGAAUCGCUUGAGCAGCAACAGGAAGACAAAACGCGCGAGACGCUCCAAUGA